AUUUAAUUGCUGAAGCGCCACGUAGGAGGGUCCAUGGUUCAUAGGCGCGUUGCAGGAAAUCACCCGAAAAGGGGGGAAAUAAAAUCAAUACUUCGAUAUUUGUUUUAGGAAAGUGUUUGAACUGCCGAGAAACAAGUGAGCAUCGCCAAUCAAUCGUGGAAUGGAUUGUAUUCUUUCCAUCAAACACUAGGGAACGAAGAAAAAAUCAUCUCUCCAGCAUGAGCAACUACAAAUAUUCAAAAGCUGAUACCGACAAUGAUGAAAACCUGGGUCUUCAUCGACCACUCUCACCAAGUGAAGCAAGUGGUUUACAAACAAGAAGUAACCAUAAACCUGUCACCACCGAUGUCGCAACAUCGAAGGGGUUAUCUCAAGGUAGCGAGGAUGAGCUCGCUAAGCCACCUAAUGGAUUGUGCUCGAUGCGUUACUUGGUGACCUACCUUUCUUGUUUUGGUUUCUUUACUACGUACAUGGGAAGGAACACACUGAGUGUUGCUAUGACGGUCAUGGUGAAUUCAACAAGUAACGGCUACGAACUUUAUGAGAUGAGCCACCAGAAUCAAUCCAUCGGUUUUCAAGUUUGCCAUGCAAGCGUUCCCACGAAUAUGAGCAUCAAGGGAGAAGAUGGUCCUUUCCACUGGAGCAGCUGGACCCAAGAACUGAUCUUAGCAUCUGGCUUUUACGGCUUUCCUUGGUUACAAAUCCCGGCAGGUUUUUUAGCCGAUGCCAACGGGAAUGCUGCGGUCUGGCUGUUGGCGAUAGGUUUUGGAGGAUCUGCACUCUGCACACUUUUGACGCCAUUUGUUGCUUAUCAGGGAGUACCUUUACUCGUCACGGUCCAGAUUAUUUCGGGUAUUUUGCAGAGUUGGAGCUAUCCUGUUUUCAUAGCUUUAAUGUCAAGGUGGGCGCCCCCAAGUGAGCGUAGUCGCCUUGCCACCAUCGGAACCUCAGGCAUACCAUUGGGUCAGGUCAUAGGUCAGCCUAUUGCUGGUCUCUGGUCAAGCUCAGAGUCUACUGGGGGAUGGCCUUCAGCAUUCUAUUUUUCAGGAACACUUGGUCUACUAUGUUCCAUCGCCUGGGUGUUUCUCGUGUACCCAUCACCGUCGGCUCAUCCUCGAAUCUCACCAAAAGAACGAAAUUAUAUUGAACAAAAUCUACGCCUUGAAAGCAGGAAACCUGAAACGUAUCCGUGGAAAUCUAUCCUUACAUCAGGGCCUGUAUUAGCUGUGUGCGUCGCAAUUUUUAGUCAUUUGUGGAUCAUAUAUCUCUUUAUGACCAAUCUACCUAUUUAUCUGAAAGCUGUGCUCCAUUUUGAUAUCAAACAGACUGGGUUUUUGGCGGCUGUGCCAUUCUUUUUUCUCUGGUUGGUCUGGAUAGUUGGAGGACGAUUCGCAGACUUUCUGAUUGAUCAUACAAACUUCAGGGUUACAACAGUCAGAAAAUUUAUAACAUUUCUUGCUUUUAUGCCGCCCGCUGUCCUUCUCGUGCUCAUGGGGUACGUCGGAUGCAACACUACCGCAAUAAUGGUAAUUCUCACCCUUGGUCUUUCAAUGAAUGGUCUUUCGAUGUCUGGGCCAACUAUGUGUCCACUCGACUUCGCUCCUAGCUACGCUGGUAUCAUCAGCGCCAUCGCCAAUGUGUUCGCGACGACGUCGGGAUUUCUGGUUCCGUUGCUCGUCGCUCAGUUCACAGAGGAUCAGACUGACCCACGCGGAUGGAAGAUUGUAUUUUGGAUAAGUGCUGUCAUCAUGAUGUUUGGAAUGGUGUUCUUCCUCAUCUUUGGAACAUCUGAGCUUCAGUCUUGGGCGAGGAGGACAGAAGAUGAUAAUAAGAAUGAAUUUGAUAGCGAAUCAUAACAUAUCAGCCGUGACACCUCCCCAAGUGGACUAGCCCGAGGAAUCAAUAGAUUGGAUAUAUACUUUAACAGAUGGAUCGCAUGUUUCCUUUUGAAAGGGGAUUCACCCUGACGAAUAUGUUAAUUUCAUGAAAGCGGAAAACUUAGAGAUAGGCCUAACAGGGAAGGUUUGUCGAAAAUUCACCAAAAAUAAAAAAGCUAUAAACUUUUUAAUUUGUGGCGUCUCUUGCGAGUAGCGUCUUCAUUAAUCAUGUAUACAAAUUCCAAUGUUUCAUUUUUUAUGGAAUGUGAUAAAUACAUUUUUUCUUAUAAAAGUGAGUAUAGCAUUUGGGGAAUCACUGGAGGAUGUGCUCAGUUUAAAAGUUAACUCCGUUAUUCUUUAACUGAAUUUCAUCAGUCCUUCACAAAAGAAAAUUUCGAAUUUUUCUACUUUUAUUAAAACCAACUUAUCAUCAGGGUGAAGUACCCCUUUAGGUUUAAACAAUAAAAAUCAAGUAAAAAUUGUACUUCAGUUAUUUUCCCCGUUUUUGCCGUCUUCUUCAUUUUACCUUGGUAGGCAUAUAUGAAUUUCUCGUUCAUUUCUCCCUCCUGGCUCCCCAUCUCACCCCCCCCCCCCUUCUUCUCGCGCGCGUGCUCUCUCUCCCCCUCCCCCUCUCUCUCACUCUCUCUCUCACACACACAACCUCCCACAUCCACCUAUUAUAUCUCACGCUAUCUCUCUCUCAACAUAAUCAUGUCCUCUUUUCAUACACACGCCCAAAAGCAUUUCCCCCUCCUUCUUCUGAAUCUGGAGAACCCCCUCGCCCCCUCCCAAUCAACCCCUUCCCUAUCUUUCUCAAUCUAUUUUUAACAUAAGAGUAGGCCUAUAUUUGGGCUAAUUAUAAAUAUUGUGAAAAUAAAUGUGGUUUGAACGAGGAGGAAUUUCAAGUGGAAGGAUCGUGGGAGCCCGGGGGCGUGGGAGUGUCAUCAUUGCGAAAGAGUGCGCAAUAUUAUUAACCCUUCUUCAUAACGGGCAAAUAGUGACUGAACUAAAAAUGAUAAUGAUGAUGAUGAUGGUGAUAAUGAUGAUGAUGAUGAUUAUGAAGUUGAUGAUGAUGAUGAUGAUGAUGAUGAUGAUGGUGAUGAUGCAUGGUGAUAGUGAUGGUGAUGAUGAUGAUGAUAAUGAUGAUGAUGCUAGCGGUUGUGGUGGCGGUGCUGGUGGUGUUAAUGAUGGUGGUGUUAAGAUGUUAUGGCUCAGUGGAUAGGUCGUCAUACAUUUGAACCACAAGGUCCGGGGUUCGAAUACCACCGCGACACUCGUGUCCUUUUGCAAGGCGUUUAUUAUCUACAUCUGUCACUCUUCACCUAUAUGUAUAUAAAUGGGAAGGAAUUCCUUGAAGGCUGGAGCACCUAAACAGGGUAGCCGUCCAUGCAUGGUCUAAACAUUGUGCAGAUGUUGCAUGAUGAUGAUGAUUAUCAUGAUGGUGAUGAUGAUGAAGGUUGUUGGUAUAUAAAUUUAUAUGUAUUACGAUUGAGUUAUCCCUGACCAAUUAUAUGAAAGAAUGGCAUAACAUAUUCUUUUUAUGUAGGAUGAAUAUAUAUUCAGUUAGUAACUUGUAUUUUUUCAGUGGGAUUUAUAUAAGGCCAUGCCUUUGAAAUCUAUUUUUCUGGUUACCAUGUUUACAUCGAUUUAGGAAACUUGUUAAUUUGCAUAAAUGAUUUCGGUAACAGAUUUGUAAGUUAAUUGUGAUGGGGGGGAAUGAUCUUUGAGUGUGGAGUUUCUUACAGUGUGUGAUGGAAGGGGGGGUGCGAGUGUCAGUGUGAGGAUAUAAACUUUAUAAAGGGUAUGUCUAUGAUUCGAGGCGAGGGGGAACGUGUGAGAGAGUUAGAGGGCGGCUGGUCGUCUCCUCCCUCACUUCUGCCCUUUCCAGCCUGAGUAGGUUUUUGUUUUAAUGCUUUGCAUCAUGGUCUUUCUUAAUUAUUUUUUAAUAACUUUGCCAAAGUUUGUUGCUGAUUGGUUUUCAUUCUAGGGGUUCUUGCUCAUGUAAAAAUAUGAUAUUGUUUUAAUGAAAUGAUAUACAUGUACUCCGCUUUCUCCUUGUUGAUUUUUUUUUUUUUUUUCUUUUCCGAUCACUCCAAUCCCUUGUAUAUAUUUUGAUUGAUUUUUGAUUUUUUUUGUAACUUUUAUAGUGGAAUUUGAUGUAAAUGAUUUGUAUGUUGAAGAUUUAUC